AUGGGCGGGUGCAUGUGGUGGCUCUGCCGGCGCUGCCUGCACUCCGGCAACACCGCCAGCAAGGACUGGCCGCCCGCCACCUACGACGAGUUUAAAGACGUCCCUAGAAUCUGCCGCAUCCUGCUGUCGGUCUACGAGGAGGAUAUCAACAACCCGGUGUAUAACGACCGCCUGGAGAUUAAAGACGUCGUGCGGCUCACGGGGUACAAGGACACGCAGGGCAAGUGCCCGCCGUACGUGAUCUACGUGGACCACGCGGCGCGCGACAUCUGUCUCGCGGUGCGCGGGCUGAACAUGGCGAACUUCGCCGACUAUCGCGUGCUGAUGGACAACCGCAUGGGCAAGCAGCGCUUCGACGGCGGCUACGUGCAUCACGGGCUGCUCAAGUCCGCCGCGUGGCUGCUCGACCAGGAAAUGGAGACACUCAACGCGCUCGCCGCGGAAAACCCCGAGUAUACGGUGACGCUGGCGGGGCAUUCGCUGGGGAGCGGGAUUGUGGCGAUGAUGACGGUGAUUCUGCAUAAGAACCCCGGCGAGGUGGGGUUUGAUAAUGCGCGCCUGCGCUGCUUCUGCAUCGCGCCCGCGCGGUCCACGUCGCUCAACCUCGCGAUUAAGUACGCUGACAUCAUCAACUCCGUCGUCUUGCAGGACGACUUCCUUCCGCGCACGUCAGCACCCAUCGAUAACAUCCUCGCGCUCUCCUUCUGCCUGCCGUGCAUGCUGUGCGUCAAGUGCUGCUGGGACUCGUGCGGGCUGUACAAGCGCCGCCUCAAGGACCCUCGCCGCCUCUACGCACCCGGUCGCCUCUUCCACAUCCUCUACACCUCCGACUUCAGCUGCAAGGAGGAGGAGCCGCAGGUGAAGACGGCCGUGCCGGUAGAAGACCGCUUCGAGAAGGUGGUGUUGUCGCGCACGGCCAUCGACGACCAUUCGAUUGUCGUCAUCGAGCGCAGAUCAACGGAGCGCCAGCAGCAGUAUGCGCAGGCGCUUGAGCGCGCCCUCACGCUGCACGUGCCUGAUGCUGCCAGUGCUGAGGAGAUUCGGCAGCUGUUGGCUGCUGCUGAGGCGCGGGAGGAAGGGGGGUGUGAUGGGAAGGCGCAGGGGCGCAGGGCGGAUAGAAUGGGCGAGAAGGGAGAGAAGGGAGAGAAGGGGGAGAAGGUGGAGGGGAAGGAGAAAUCAGAAACGAUUGCACCUUCGCCAACAGCAGCAGCAGCAGGGGCAGGGGCAGGGGCAGUGGCAGUUGUUUCUGCUGUGGCGAUGGGAGGUGGCAAGGACGCAGAGAGGAAGAGGGAUGAGGACGAGACGAGCGAGAGGAGCCCGAAGAGCGAGACGCUGUCUGAGUUUUGGCAGAAGGAACUGGAGGAGUUUCGAGAGAAAGAGAGACAGGCUCUGCUGGAGGAGGAGAGGAAAGCUGAGGAGCGCGUGAGGCAGUUCGAAGAGCAGAGCCGGGCAGACAAGGCAGACAAGGCGGAGAAGGCGGAGAAGCGCCGAGCAGAGCAGGCGGGAGGGGAGGAGGAGGACGAAGAAAAGGGUGAGGAGGCGGAGAGUCUAUCUGACUACUGGAGCAAGGAGCUGGCGGCGCUGCGGCGGCGGGAGGAGCUAGCGAUGGCGGAGAGGGAGGCCCAGGCGGCUGAACGCAUCCGCGCCGAGGCAGAGCGGGAGGGGCAGCAGCAGAGGCAGGCACAGCUGGGGCGGGCUUUAACCACCGCUCCACAGCAGCAGCAGCGGGUGGAGCCUGCAGCAGCGCGGCAGCAGAUGGCGCGUGCAGUCACUGUGGGGUCGGGGCGAGAAGAGGCAGCAGCAGCGACGCUGUCUGCAGGGGGGGGUACGGCAAGGGGGGGGCUGUCUGCAGGGGGGGGAACGGCAGGGGGCCUGUCAGUGAGGCAGAAGUGGGCACGCAUCGUGGAUGAUCUGAUUGAUGCGGGGGAGGGGGAGGUGCAGGGGGGCACUCGAGACGCCGCCGAGGCUCAGCUUCGGGAGUUGGAGAGGGUCGGCAGGCAGCAGUGGCACAAGGCUCGGGCAGCGUUCCUGUCCGGGGUGGGUGGCCUGUCGAAGAAGGCCGGGAUGAACAUUGAGAUCUGA